ACUUUUCAAAAUGGAAAUACCUGACUGAAUUUAAGCAAAACUUAAAGUGAAAACAGAAGGCUUAUCAAACAUGUCGAAGGGGUUUAAGAUACACGUUGACAUAUUUGGACAGGAGGAACAGACACAGAGUGAAAUUGACAAAAAUGCUGUGGCUGUAUUUCAAGCAACAUUAGAACCCCAGCUGUUACCAGGAGAAUUGAUUGUUGGCCAUGCUCAGAAUGUGUUAAAGUUUAGUGCCUACAGCGAGCAGAAGCAAGGCAUCUCAGGGUCAUUGUUUUGCACCAACUUCAAAGUGAGCUUUGUGACAGCAGACAGAUCAUCAUAUGAUGGGGAACACAACAAUCAGAGGAACUUGUUACUAGGAGAAAAUGAUAUUGCCCUAUGUAAUAUAGAUGACAUCUACCAAGCCUCAUAUCCAAAGCUGCCUACAGAAACAUUUGUUCCAAAGAUAGUGUCAACUGGAAAGCGGAAGAAGUUUACUCCUGGAGGCAACCUGACUGGGAAGGUGAAGACACUGGAGAUCAGGUGCAAGGACUUGAGUAUCCACACCUUCAGUUUCAAAUUUUCACCCAAAGAUGAAGCCAAAUCGACUGUAACUGCCAUUCUUCACCAUGCAUUCCCUACAAGACUUGAGCUGAUGUUUGCCUUUGAAUAUCAAGAUCCAAACAGACAACCAGGCAAGCAGACCCAUCACACCACCAUGUUUACAAUAAAGAGUGACUGGAGCAAGGAGCUGGACCGCCUUCACUGUGCCGAUGCCUGGAGGGUCACCCAGGUUAAUGAACACUUUAAUAUGACAGACAGCAUGCCAGAGUGUUUUGUUGUGUCAUCCAAACUUUAUGACAAUGACUUGUUAAAGGCAGCACCUCAUUUUUUGGACAGCAGGGUUCCAGCCUGGUGUUAUAGCUAUAAAAAUGGAACAGCACUUGUAAGGAUGGCCUGCCUACGUUCAGAAUCUGCUUUGUCUCAGACAGAAAACAAGGGGAUUAUUGUUGUUAGUGAAAUUGAAAGCAUGUUGGAGGCUGUUCGCCUUGUCCACCCAAAUAAACGUCAGGCUGAAAUAGCUGACUUGAACAAGCAAUGUCCAUCAGUCAAGGACAUAGCCAACAGCUUUAUGAAACUCAAAGAAAUAUGUAUGCCAGUGUCCCUGAAAGAGUUCUGGGUGGAGGAUUUAAACUGGUUUGCCAGGCUCAGUGACACUGGGUGGCUACAAAAUGUCACCAGAUGCCUGGAGACUGCAGUAGAAAUUGUCAUUAAAAUGGCUGGUGACACACCAGUGUCUGUGGUCAUGAAAGAGUCUGACAGCAAAGAUUUAUGCUGUGUCAUCUCUAGCCUGGUGCAGUUGAUGUUGGACCCAUGCUUCCGCACACAGAGGGGCUUCCAGAACCUUGUACAGAGGGAGUGGGUGGUCAUGGGGCACCCUUUCUUGGACAGACAUGGACACAUUAAGAAAAAUGAAGAAGAUGUUUCGCCUGUCUUCCUGAUGUUUCUAGAUUGUGUCUGGCAAAUGCUGCAACAGUUCCCAUCAGCUUUUGCUUUCAGUGAGACCUACCUAACAACCUUAUGGGACAGUACAUUCAUUGGGCUGUUUGAGACUUUCCUUUUCAAUAGCCAGCACCAGAGAAUGAUGUGCUCUAAGGAAGGAAUACCAUAUGGUCCUAAAAAGGGAGCUCAGCUUUUGUCAGUCUGGGACUGGUCAUUGCAGUUCAAAAAUGAGGAACAGUCACUGUUCAAAAACCCGCUUUAUGUUGCUGAGCAUGAAGUCGUGAAACACAGAAGGGAAUCUGCUUCCUUAGAAGACUCUAAACGGUCUUUGGCUGAGGAAAAAGGGGCAAGUGCAUUAGAGAGCAGCACAGAAGUAAAUAAAGACUCUUCUCUGGUCAGGAACCUGGGAUAUUUGAUUGUAGAUGACUAUAAUGAUACUCUACAAACAAUCAGUAAGAGUGACCUUGACAUCCUCCUACCCCAAGUCAAAGGCCCCUUGAUUAAAUUAUGGUCACAGUGCUUUCUACGUUGGUUGAUUCCAGUCCAGAUCAUAGGUGGUGGUUCUCCAUCAGAGUAUUUCCAACAGUGUAUCCUGGUGGAAGAGAUCCUGCACUUAAAGCACAGGGUGAAAGUUCUGGAAAGUUCCCAACAGGACAUUCCAAAUGAUAGAGUGCGCCGACCGAAGAGCGAUUUGUUCUUCAGUCAGGACAUACAUGGUGUUCCACAUAAACUUAAGGCAGAUGUCCUCACCUCUUCAUUCCCUUAUUUGCCUCUUGGGCCCCUGAACAGGAGGAACAUUCUUGGCACACCUCUGAGCAAGUAUUUUGAGGAAAGCAUGGUGGCCUAUGGCCUAGGUGUUAGUGAGAAUGGGGCAGCUGCUGAGCUAGAGGAUACAGAUGAUUCGGAGGGCAGAAAUUCAAAAUCCAGGGGAGAAAACCUUGAGUAAGACUAUGCGGAAUGGAAAUAGGGCAGUAGUUAAUUAUCACAAUAAUUUAGGUUACUGAUAAUGAUUAUAAAUUUUAUUGAGGCUUUCCUGUUCUUGGAAAGUUGUCAAGGACAUUGUUCUAACAGCAUUUUGAGAGAUAUUCUGGAAAAGAAUGAUGUGUUGAAGGAUAGCCGAGGUGCAAAAAAUAAUUAAUGGCAAAAUGUUAUGGCAAUAUUAUUACACAAAUUACUUCUUUAUCUUUCAGUUGUUGGCUUUUAUGUGCAUUGAACCAAAUUAAGAUUUACCAGACAAAAAUUUCCUCAAAGUGUUUUAUGCUGCUGGAGCUGUGAAAAAUUUUUGUUUAUAACUAGAACUAGGAAUAACUGUUUAAGUCAAGAGCUGUAGUUUUUUCCUGGAGAAAUAAGUCUGAUAUCAAAAGAGAGGAAAACAAUUUGGGUUAAUAAUUUUAUUCUCUACUCCUGAAUAGAUGAUGAUUCAUGGUUUGAACUAGUGCCUCUGGAUUAAUCUCAUUUAGUUGGGGGAGUUAAUCAUGUAAUAUAUAUAGGAGAUUCUAAUAUUUACAACAGGAAAUCAAUUAUAAAAUUCCUUAGCUAGUUGGCUUUUAGUAUUUGUGACAUUGUGAUCUUUGCACCAUAUUUUAUCCUGGCAUAUCAGUCUUUCUUGAAUGAAGCAGAACUAGUGAAGGAAACUCCUAUGUCUCAAAUUAUUUUCAAACUGUUACAUUAAUUUAUGUUUGGUUAUUUUGUGCAUUUUUCAACAUUGUGCAACAUUUUCUUAUUGUCAUUAUCUGAAAGCAUAUAAUGUAAGCCAAGUAUAUUGUUACUUCCUGAUAUUUACUUAAUAUAUCAUGAGCUGGUUGGUACCUUUAGUUUGAUUUUGUUAUAUCUGAAGAAAUAGAUAUAUUUGUUUCAAGUUUUUUUCAAUUACGUGUAAUUUUCACUUUUGUUUAAUAUGUAAGGUCAUAAAAUACAUACAAUUGAUGAUAUUUGUAUUUAAAUAAAACCUUUUUUCUUAAAAGACCAGAAGAUAUGUAUUCAUCAAGUGUAAGCAAUAAAUGAAAAAUGCAUGAGCAGCUAGAGUUUUUUGAUGAGUAAGAGCUGCGGUAAAAUAUAGAUGAAGUAGUCGCACAAAUUGUAGAAAGAUUGUCAUUAUACUUAAGAAAUAAAGUGUGAUACUGGUGAAAUUCAAAACGAGCCUCAGUGGCUUCAGUUUCAGUUUUAUGAGCAAGGGAACAAGUUGACUGUGCUACCUCAUUUUGCAGAGGUAUUUAUUUCAUCACUUUCAAAGGACCUAACAUUCCUUUUGAUCAAUAUUGCAGAUAAUUUGAAUGGAAAUGUGACAAUUUCAGACAACAAAAUUACACAUACAGCCCACAUACUGUCUUCGUCUACAGUAGUUCAUCCCAGUAGUGAACUUAGCUUAUACAAGUAGUAAAUUCUUUUUGAAAUAAAGGUCGACAUGCCAAAGGUUGAUUGCCCUUGAAUGCAAUUUUGAAAAUGAUAAAUGAAAACUUCGUUUUUCUUUGGCAGUGCAAUGGACAUUCAAAAAGAGUCAUUCAGUGCUUGGAAAUUAUAAAAAUCUCUCAAUUUUUGUGAUGGCUGUAAUAGAUUGUAUUAAGGUAGUGUCUACAUCCUUGAUCAUAUGUGGUACAGUUUUUCAAGAAACUAUAGUUUAUUUUAUUUAUGGUAUGGAAUGCCUCUACAAUUUUGUGUUAUUAAAUGGCUGUAGAUCGGCUAUGCAUUUAAUCCUAAUUUACACCAUAAACAUUGUAUAGAAAUUAAGAGAUAGGAUAACAUUAAUUAUGGUCAAGAUUAGAAGUGAUUUACUGGAAAACAUUAGCAUAUAAGUGUAUAUAACAAAUUUAAUUAGUUAAUAGAAUUCAAAACUUUAAUACAGGAAUCGCAUUUCUUUCCCGUAUGAAUCUGAAGAUGGUUAAAUAUAAUGUAUGAAUAAAAUGAAGGUGAAAUGAGCACCCCAAUCAAAGCAUUGACUUCAUGUCAAGGGUGCAGAUUUAUAAGUAAGGCAGACCUUUUUAUGCAGCAAAAUAACUUUUGUGAUAUGGACAAUUUAUUUAAGGAAAAACCUAGUAGCUGGUUUAGUGGUUUAGCCUCAGUAAUGCAAUUGCAUGCUAAUUGAAUAGAAAAAUAAUCAUUACCUUGUUAUUUAUAGGCACAAGUUUUAACGUUUUGGUAAAUAAAUUUCUGCACUGCUGCUACUACUUAUAAGUGCAAAUGAGGGUGGUACAAUUUUAAGAAAUAAAGAUAUGAUAUUGAUAUUUAAAUAAUGUUUCCACUAUUCUUAUCAACAAACUUGAAAAUAAUGGUUUUUUUCUCGGCAGUAUCACUUGAACUGCACAAAGAAGCAUAAAACAUUGAGGUACAUUUCUAUGCGAAGACACUAUAUAUAUAUAUCUGUAGCUAUAUCCCAAAUAAAGUUAUGAAUAGAUUUUGAUAACAUUUUCAGGAUAGAUCAGAAAUUGGGUAACUUAAAAGUGAUAAAAUUUAGGUGAUCCAGUUAUUAAUCGGUAAAUUAUUAGUUAGGUAUUUGUCUGAUAACAACAUGAUGCAAAACGUAGACGAAUUUUGAUUAAAUUUUCAGGAUAGGACAAGAAUGAAAUUUUGGUGGUGAGUAAUUAAGU